UCGCGCCGGAGAGGCAGCAGUGGCAGGUCUGGGGGCAAGCACGCGCGCACUUGGACUCGCUGAUUGACAGCUUCGGAGGCACGAAGCGUGGCUCAGCACGCAAUUGGAUCCUGUUAAUCUGCUAUUGCAGUGCUCUUGUCGAAAGCAUCUGUGUGAAAUACCUUCUCCAUGCAGAUCAGCUUCUAACUAGGGCAAGCGAGAGGAGUCUGCGUCCCUUUGCUACGGUGCUGGAGCCUUCCUGUCCGUAUCCGGGAAUCAAGGACGCUGCGUAGGUUUGCUGUAGGUGUAUGCUUUUUACAACGGGGCUAAGGGAUUAAGUAAAAGCAUAGCCUAAUAAUCGAGCAAAGUCUGUGCAUUGAACUUCUUUCAGCGAGUGGCUUUGAGGAAGAGGACACUGGAAUUUAAUUACUGAGUGACUCGGUGGAUUUUUAUAUUUAUUUUAUUUGGAGAAACCUUAAGAAAGAUCUGUACUGCAACCGUGUUUGGGAUUGCAUUUCGCGUCAUUUUAAAGAACCAAUCGUUCACAUGCGCUUUUGUUUUUGGACUUUUAGUUACAGAAGAUAAAACAAGGAGAAUGUAGAUUUAUUUAAGUUGCAUUUUUUGGGGAAAAAAUACAAGGAACAUUCGAUCAAAAUUGCAUCAGAAGUGGUAUAACUACGUAUGAGAUCACAAUGUAUGUAAUACUAGCCUUCCCGUCGGACCUUGACUAGUAGAAGAAACCCGCUUGUGCGAGAAUACUUUAGCUUCCGAAUGUUAACGUUUUUCUCUAUCUAUGGAGUAACUUUAAAGGAGGGAAAGUAAAAGACUCUUUCCCUUGCCUGUGGCACCAACAGGCGAUUUAAAAAAAAAAAGGUUUCCAGAGAAUGGUAAAUGAUCGAUGGGGAACCAUGAACAGCGUUUCGGAACUCGAAGAUGGACAACGACACAAAUCCCAGACAUUCUGUGAGUGCGUGCCAAGCCCUUCUCAGCUCAAGCACCGUUGGUCAGACUCUGACACAGUCAAACAGACUCCCCCCAAGAGGAUGAGCUGUAGUUACCUCCUAUGUACAAUCCUGCUUUUUGUGGCCGUCCUACUGGCUGUCACAAUAACGGGAACCAUCCUCUUCAUGAACCACUACCAGGCUCCACCCGGGCCGGACGGCCCCCCUCUCAUUAGCACCAAUCAAGAUGAGAGCAACGCCCUGGUGACGGUCGAGCGGGGCGACGGUUCCCGCAUCAACAUCUUUGUUGACCCCAACUGCCCGGACUACAACAACAACUUCCUGCGCCUGGAGGGGGUGCAGACGUCACUGCUUCACUCGCUCACCGACCAUGACUCCGACCUCAAGUCCGUCAAGGGUCAGGACCACGCCCUCCUGGUCAGCCUGGCUGAGGAGGUGGCGAAGCUCUCUGCCCAUGCCAGUCAGCUGAGGAUGGACUACGAGUCCCUGCGGCGUGGCCAGGGGAACCUGGGGCAGGACCUCAACACCCUGCAGACAGAGCAGGGUCGGCUCAUCCAGCUGCUGUCGGAGAGCCAGAUCAACAUGGUGAAGGUGGUGAACUCGGUGAGCGACGCCCUCAGCUCCAUGCAGAAGGAGACGGGCGUCAAGACCCGGCUGAAGGCGGAUCUCCAGCGCGCUCCUGUCCGCGGGGCGCGGCUCAAAGGCUGUGCCAACGGCUCUCGGCCUCGAGACUGCAGCGACAUCUACGCCAACGGACAGAGGGAGGACGGGAUAUAUUCCAUCUUCCCCACACACUACCCCUCCGGCUUCCAGGUCUUUUGUGACAUGUCCACAGAUGGAGGCGGCUGGACGGUUAUCCAGCGCAGGGAGGAUGGAUCAGUCAAUUUCUUCCGUGGUUGGGACUCGUACCGUGAAGGGUUUGGGAAGAUCACUGGAGAACACUGGCUGGGUAUGAAGCACAUCCAUGCCCUGACCAUUCAGGCUAACUAUGAGCUACGCAUUGACCUGGAAGACUUUGAGAACAGCACAGCCUUUGCACAGUAUGGAACCUUCGGCGUGGGCCUCUUCUCUGUGAACCCAGAUGAUGACGGAUACCCACUGACCAUUGGGGACUAUUCAGGCACUGCAGGCGACUCCCUGCUGAAGCACAAUGGGAUGAAGUUCACCACAAAGGACCAGGACAACGACCACUCAGAGAACAACUGUGCCUCCUUCUACCACGGUGCCUGGUGGUACCGCAACUGCCACACGUCCAAUCUGAAUGGACAGUACCUGAGGGGCCAGCACACCUCCUACGCUGACGGCAUCGAGUGGUCGUCCUGGACGGGCUGGCAGUACUCGCUCAAGUUCACCGAGAUGAAGAUCCGGCCUACAAGGGAGGAGAACAAGUGAGCCGCACCACUGCCAGGAGGAAGAUGCUGACAACUAGGCCGCAGUUGUGAAGAUAACUCUUUCUUGAGUAAUGAGGACUAUUCAAUUAAUUUCAUAUUCUCUCUCUUUCCUGUUGAAUCCUUGUCCUCUCCUUCGCCCUAUUCCUCUGCUUACUGUGCAACCCCCCAACCCCCCCUGCCCCCCCCCCCCAAUGACGUUUCCUGAUAACCCAGUAAUGUUGCGAUGAAGCCCCCAGGGCAAUCUGUCAGUCUGUGUCACUCUGUCCUGAUUAGAUCUUUAGAUCUCCAAACAUUAUCAUAAUUUUUUGGAGUGAUUCUUAUGCCCUUAUCCCCUUGUCGUUUUUUGAGUGGUUCUCCAAAUGAAUGAGGAUGCUUUCGGCUGCAAGUGAAAACCUGCUUCUCCAGACAUGGUAUGGUAGUAAGACUUUGCUCCCAGCAGAUUCAGAUCCUCCCAGUCGGUUACUCAUGUUUUGACAUUGUGUUUGCUUGUUUGUUCAUUCACAGUGGAGUUCAUUCCUGCUGCCAGCAGCUGCACUGCACCUGGGUUUGUUCAGUUAGUAUCCCCCCGACCUCUGAUGACACACUGACAGCACUAGACCCUGAUCAAAGGGUGGAUUGCUCAUAGAGUCUGGCACAUUGAUUCACACCACUAGAGACACACCAGGAACCAAGGAGGAAAUGGUAUCUUGUGGGAGUUUGCGUCACAGACAUCUGAAGGAGGGCUAUUGCAGGGCUAAGAGAAAUCAUAUUGGCACCUGAAGCAGGAGACAUAUGGAGGAGCCAACCUCCCCAUGUGUGAUUGUGAAAUCAAGCUUUGUGCUGGAAUUUUUGGGGGUGGCGGGGUGGCUCUGUCACAAUUGUGACAUCUACCUGUGAUUGGGCAGCAGUGGCCACUUCUUGGCUUGGGGUGGUGAGUCUUGACAGAGGUUAGUGAGAUGAAUCAACAGGAGUGGUAAACAAGAUGUCAGAAUCAAAGCACUCAGAUCGCAUUCAUUUGACAUCAGCCAUUAAUGAGCAUAUUGGGCACUUUGUCUGAGCAGCUGUGCCAGCUGAUUGUUGGCCAAGCACUGCAGCAGCUACAGAUGGUACUGCAGUGUGUGUGUGUGCAUCUCUCUCUCUCUCUCUCUCUCUCUCUCUCUCUCUCUCUCUCUCUCUCUCUCUCUCUCUCUCUCUCUCUCUCUCUCUCUCUCUCUCUCUCUCUUUCUCUCUCCUCCUUUCUCUCUCUCUCCACCAGUGUGGAUUGGGCAGAUACAGCCAUGCUCCACAUGUGCUCGUUUGCACCUUUUUACUACUGCAGUCAUCAGAGUAUGAGAUAAAAAUCAAUUCGCCGACAUGCUGAGACCGCUCGGUUGUAAGAAAUGGCAGGAAGACAGAGGAGGCAUCCCACUUCUCACAGAAGUCCGUUAGUAAUUCAGCCCCACCAAAUCAAAACCUGUAGCCAGUGGCACCACGCCCCCAUCCCCCCCAGUUGUCAGCCGUGAUGAACACCAAGUCAAGGACGAGUGCAGGCAUAGCCGCCUAGCGGAACAGACAGAUGUUCCAAUAGAUGCGCGCUAUCCACCUGAGUAAUAGUUCGUAUGUCAGUGCGCAUCUGACUGUCUGAGUGAUUACAAUAUAUCAGAGUGAUACAUUAUCUCUGACCAAGACCCUGUCUUGGGGAACCGAAGAGCCAGACAGCCUUCCUUUAUUCUUGAACGCGGUCUUUGGUGAGGGGGGUAUUCGUUUCACUGCAGUCCGUCCGAUUAUUACCUAGGACUGGGAAUAGCAAUCUUGUAGAUCCACUCCAGUUCCAGGAGUAUACAUAAUUUAAGUGGUGGGAAUGGGCUGUAUCGCUCUGCUCCUCAUUUAGAGUUACACGGGUGCUCUGAGUGCACAGCAGUUGAGGAAUUUCAAGCAGGCAAGCUGCCACUGACUCAUAUCUUCAACGGGAUCGAAAAGCUGGCCACAGCGGUAAUAAAAGCGUGCACUCUUCCAGUCAUUCAGCAUUAUUAAGCUCCACCCAUUCCUCUCUGUCAUGAUAAAAAAAACUUCCCACACAGCACGGUUCCCAGGUAACAUAACGCCCCACCCAUGAAUGAAGGGAUUUGCGUCACAGGGCAUCGCAAUGCUUUGCAACCAACAAGAGUAGCCUAACUUCUUUCCUUUUUCUCAUUUUUGCAUUUUCAGUUUUUGUGUGUAGUUUUUUUUCUUUAUGCCAAAUUGCCCUUUUUGAUAAUCCCCUAGAUUGUCAUGCUGUUAUGAGGAUCCUGUUGUACGCAAUGUUUGAGUGCUUUGCGAUUCCACGUUCCAUCUGAUGAAAUUUAUAAAUGUGACAUUGAUUCUUCAUGGUAUGGGAGCUUGAGAGGCAGGCUGUUAAAGCAGAAUGUAUUCAUACAUACUGAAACAAUGUGUCAUGUUUUAUUUGAAAUACUUCUUGUUCCUUCUGUCUUUUCUUCCUUUUACAGGUGUGCAGUGUGAUGCACAGUAGUAUUUUAUUGUAGUGUUUAAAAACAGUAAUUGUUAAAGCUGCAGUGAAGGCCUGAAAACCAAACCUGUACCUCAUUUAAUUCUGAAUAGGAAUUCAAACAUGUGUCACUUGUGCGUUAAGAGGAAAAAGUAAUCCUGAUGUGUUUCUGUACAGUAUUUUGAAAAAAGAGAGAAAGAUUUCGUUAACUUAUCGUGGGGAUGGACUUGUGCAAUUAUAUAUACUUUUUUUCAGGUUAUGUAUGUAUUAAUGUAUCUAUUUCUUCAUUUAUUUACUUUCAAUAUUCUGAAAAGCUUUAAAACGUGUAGAUUCAUUGUACAGUGUGUACAUGUUAGAGAGUUUUAGAGCAUGUGGAAUUGUUUUCAUACUUGCGGAAAGAUAAUACAACUAGAAGCACACUGACUUAAAAAAAAGAAAAAAACAGAACUCAACGGCUGUUUGAAUUAAGGUAUUAAAUGAUUAUGCCAGUUAUUUUUAAAUUUUCUCUGAUGCCCAAUUGGGACAUUGGGAUAAGUAUCCAUCCAACUUUUGAUGAUAGUGGGUGUAAUAGGGGAACAUAUGGACUUAUAUUAUCACAUAUAAAGUCCAUAUUAUAGGAACUCUGGACACCCAAGUGAUUAAAAAACUGAUGGUUGAAAUCCAGGUCUGUUGGACCUGCCUGUUAGUAAAUUUUUGUCACCUGGUGAACCUGGUCCUCAAGAGACAGCAGGCUGGGAUACACAUGCACACAGAUGAAGAAAACAUUAAAAAGAAAGUUACACUAAGUCUUUUACACUUCUAUCCCCACUCUAUUCAAGCAAACUAUCUGAGAGCUGGCUCAACCACCCUCUGUCUGUGACAGCAUUUCCCAUUGCUGCUAAUUUCAUCCAUACAAGGGAGGUGGAUUAAUACAGUAUGUGGAGUACUUUCAUUCAUAAGGUUUAUGAGCAAGACAAAACAACUAGUGAGUAUAUCAGCACAGUACUGUUCAUCCAGCACAAUAGUGUUAACACACCUGCCCGUUUAAUUUGUAACGUGUGUGAUCUUGACAAAAGAAGUCAUGUUACUCAAUAAAUUGUGAAAUGCGAUUGUUUGAGCUAAUGUGGAAAAUGAUGGUGAGUCUAAAAUGUGUAAAUAAGCAAACAUUCGUAUUUAAAAAAAGAAAAAAAAUUCAGGAUAAAUCAGGGUCAUAUCUUUGUGUAGUACUCUCUUUACUGCUAUACUAUAGGUUUUGCCCAAAGUAUGUGUGUGAGAGUGAAAGAGAGAGAGAAAGCGAUGCAUUGUAUGCUAUUUGAAAUGAGAAAAUUAAAAUUAAUUUCCAGAGCAUGAACUGGCUCUUUCAUAUUUGAAAUUGAAAAAAAAAAAUUUAAGAUGUCGGCAUCCCCUACUGGCGAUCUCUUGAACUGCGGUCAUGUCCUGUAGGCUUUCGACCAUCCUCUAUGUAAAAUCCACUUAACCGUGAAAUUGUGCACGUCCUUCAAUAUAACAGCCCCCUGGGACUAAGAAUGACAGUCAUAAUAUGUCCCUCCUUUUCCAUAAAUGCUUUGAAGAGUAUUUUCUCCUUUUGUUUGUUUUACAGUUCUGUGACUAAAAAUAAUAAUAACAGUAAACAAAGGAAAAAAAAAUGUUGAAUAUUCAAAGCUACAGUUCUCUCCCUCUCUCAUUUGGGAUAAUUAAUGAAUUCCUUCCCUGGCUUAAAAUGUUUUAUUUCCCCCCCAGUCAAGUAUUAUAGAUUGUUUUGCUGAAUCUUGAUACUGUGUUUAAUGUUCUUGUGGACAUUUAAUAAACAUUCACAUUUUA